AUGAGAAAGGCACUCUUUURUCCUAAAGUUAGAAAACCGGCUCUAAAGAAGCAGGAGAAAGUAAGAAUUGGAUCGUGGAAUGUAAGAACAAUGUAUCAGGCAGGAAAAAUACACAAUGUCAUUAAGGAAAUGGAUGGGAUGAAUAUUUCAAUUCUUGGUAUCAGUGAAAUKWGAUGGCCAUAUUCGGUUAGCAUAAAUAUAGAAAACCACAAAKUACUUUACUCAGGUUCAACAACUGGAAUGCAUGAGYAUGAAGUAGCCAUUAUCCUAGCAGAUAAAAUGCCUAAAUUAGUAAAGAACUUCAUACCAAUCUGUUUAWGAAUUAUACUCUAUCAUUCAGGUGCAYGUCUCAACGGCAGACAAWGAGGAGAAUGA